UGGUGGCCUUGGCGGCCUGAGGCUGAAACCCCACCGACCAAUCCAGUCCAAUGGGUUAGUACUACACAUUGUAGACAAUGCCAAGACUCGCUCAUCGAUCAAUACUACCAGGUCUGACACAAUCUUACCAUUGAUAAGUGUCGUUCCCGCUCCGGAUGAGGUCAGAAUAGGCUGGAUGCGCGUAUCCUGCAGUUCCAUGUUGUGAAAAUGUUGAUUUAUCAGCAGUCUUGCCCGAGUUCCACUUUCGAACUAUAAAAGCUACAGUAUGAGUACCACGAGAACCUGCACUGAUAGAGUCUCCACUUUACUACCAAUUCCCAUACACACACAGUACUCUCGCUCUACGUUCUUCAACUCGACAGUUAACUUUCAGAGCCGCUGCACUUUCCGUUAUGGCAAUUCCUGAGAGUUACCAGGCAUUCCGCCGCACAGAGGGCACCGCGCCCUUGACCAUCGAGCAGGUCACAGAACAGCUCCCACCCAUCCAGUCGCAUGAUGUCCUAGUCCGCAUCCAUGCGGUCUCACUCAACUACCGAGACAUUGCCAUGCUGGACGGCACCUAUCCCCAGCCCUGUCUUCCACGUGGUAUUCCUGCCUCGGAUUGCGCCGCUGAAGUUGUCUCCGUGGGUCCCGAGGUCAAUGGUUUCAAGCCGGGAGACCGUGUAACGACCAUCUGGGACUUGACCAACUUGACCGGCCUUGAGGAGGGGUCUCCAGAAGCUCUUGGUGGAGAUGUCGAUGGUGUCCUGCGUCAGUAUGCAGUGUUCAAGGACCAAGUGCUGGUGCAUCUACCCGAGCACUUAUCCUGGGAAGAGGCCUCAUGUAUCACUUGCGCCGGAACCACGGCCUGGAAUGCUCUUGACUUCCCUAGGGCCAGCGGCACAGCCCUGCUUCAAGGCACCGGUGGUGUGAGCAUGUUCGCACUUCUUCUCUGUCUUGCAGCGGGCGUUCAGCCCAUCAUUACGUCCUCGUCCGAUGAGAAACUCAACCAAGCUCGGUCCCUGGGCCCCGCCGUCAAGACCAUCAACUACAAGAAGACAGCUAAGUGGGAAGACCAGGUGCUCCGCCUAACGAACGGCCGCGGUGCCGAUGUAGCCAUCGAGAAUGUCGGCCCUGCUACUGUGAAACAGAGUAUCGACUCCCUCGCCCAGCGGGGUACACUGUCCUUGGUCGGAUUCCUCGGUGGGCUCGACGCUGAGAAGUUCCCCGAUCUCUAUUUUCCUGUCCUUGUCAAAAGACUGACAAUGAGGGGGAUUAUUGUGGGCUCCAAGAUCGAUCAGCAGGCUUUGUGUGACUUCCUGGCGGAGAAGAAAGUUUCUCUGAAGCCGCUCAUUGACGCGGUCUUCCCCUUUGAAAAGUCCGAGGAGGCUUUCGCUCACCUCAAAUCUGGCAAGCACCAGGGGAAGAUUGUCAUUACUCUGUGAGCGAGGGCUGUUGUGAGUGAAUUGUCUCGAGCAUACAGGAAGUUAAAGGCUUAAGUUGUAUCGACAGUCACUUUCUAGUUUGGAAACUAUUUGGCGUUGUCUAGACCGGAUUCGAAGGGGUAAUAGUAUAUAGCCAGGCAAGCUUUACUAUAUCAAUCCAUU